UCACUCAUCAUCAUGGCAUCAGCAUCUGCUCGUCUGUCAAUAAUUGGAGAAACUUCAUCAUGUGAACCUGAUCAAGAUGCUAAUUCUGCUCUAUCAGAGCUUGAUAAAGGCUUAAGAUCUUCGGAAAUUGGGGAACAAUGUGAAGCAAUUGUAAGAUUUCCUCGUCUUUUUGAAAAAUACCCAUUUCCCAUUCUCAUUAAUUCAGCUUGCUUAAAACUUGCUGAAUUGUUCAGAACUGGAACCAACUUUCAUCGAGUUUUGAUACUCAGAGUAAUGCAGCAGAGUCAAAAACAUCUGGACAAAAUUUUAAAUCUUGAUGAAUUCGUCCAUCGUUUGUAUGCUGUUAUUCACAGUAAUGAUCCAGUGGCUAGAGCUCUUACAUUAAGGACAUUAGGAAACAUUGCUAGUGUUGUUGCUGAGAAAAAGAGUAUUCAUCACAGCAUUCGAAACAGUCUCGACUCUCAUGAUGCUGUUGAAAUGAAGGCAGCUAUUUAUGCUACUGGGAAGUUUGCUGCUCAAUCAAAAGCUUUUGCUUCAAAUAUCUGCAGCAAGAUAGGAGAAAUGAUUCAAGGUUUAGCUACUCCAGUGGAAAUAAAGCUUCAGUUGUUGUCAAUUUUUCAACACAUGCACCAUGAUGCUCAAACAAUUGCUGAGGUGUGGAAAUUGUGUACAUCUUUACUUCCUGAUUAUCCAUCACAACAGUUUGUUGUCUGUACUUUACAUACCCUCACAGAGCUUGCUGUUGCAUCAGUGACCCAUAUAUCUCAACAGGUGAAUUUAUUAAUAUCUUACUUAAAAGAAGACGGACGCACUUGUGUCAAAAUGAAUGCCUUGAGGGAUAUGAGAAAGCUAGCCAUAGGAGGUGCUCAUUUGUGGAGUACAGACAAUGUUAAUGAGCUUGUUGAUUACACAAUUGAAACGCCUUAUCUCACUCUAAAAUGUGAAAUAUUUUCUGUUAUGGUUGCCUUGUCUCACUCAGUUGCUGUGGAUAAAUUUGACUUAUCUACAGCAAUGUUUUCAAUGUGCUGUAAACAUAUGUGAAGUUUCUCCUGACAUGUGUAUUCAGUUUGUGGAUGCUAUUGGUUCUUUGAUUGGCAAAACAUCUGAUUUGUGUGUAGUGCCUUUAUGCACUGCUCUUUGUGCACUUGGAAAUAAAAGUGCUGGUGCUGUUGUCUGUUGGCAAACAGAACUUAUACAGAAACUGAAAGAAUUCACAUCCCAGCCUCAAAUCACUGCACAAACAGUUAAAGCUAUUGGUAUGGUGUGCACAUUAUUGUUCCAAACAAGUGUGGAUAAGCCAUGGUUGCUACAGGACGAUUUUACAAUUAUGAAUGCCAUCAACUGUGUGGAUUUUUGGUCAUCGUAUAGGAUAGGUCGUCAGGCAACUAGAUAUGGGCACCAUCAGUUUGCCAUUAAAAUAUUUUCUUAUCUGUGUGAUAGAGUAAGUUCUGAACACCUUUAUUUUUGGCUGGUUAGUCUUUGUGAAAUGAGUCAAGCUGAGAGUUACUUAAUAUCCAAAACAACCAGGAGUUCACAAGAUAUUGUUGAUUGUGUUUCACGAUCAGUUACUCAUUAUAUGAAAGCUGUUGCUGCGUUGAAAGCUGCUACUACACCUCAUCAUUCAUUGUUGUUUCAAUGUGAAUACCUGAGAUUGCGGUGUGAAGUCUUAAGAGCACAACUGCAACUCCAAUUAGCCUGUUCUUGUGUAAAGACUUCACCGCCUCCUGCUAUAGCAGGAUCAGUUGCUGCAGCUACACGAGAUGAACUGCAAAAGUGCGGACGAGUUGUCAUGCAGAUAAGAAAAUGUGCCAAAGAUUUCAAAAGCCUUGCUGACCAGUAUGGUGCUCUCUAUCAAUCUGUUUUUGAUGCUGAUCCAAAAACUUUAACAAAUAUACAAUUAUUGCAUCAAAGUUGUUUAUUGAUUGCCCAAGCAAUAGAUAAAGUGUCUCAACAUAAUCAAGGAAUGGGUUUCAGUACCGGUGAAGAAGAUAUUCUAUCAAUUGAAUACUCAAAGCAAUCUCUUGAAAAUUACCAAAUGGGAGAAGCGUGUCGCAAGGCUGUUUCUGCCAUCAGGGAUUUCACAGUGAAUUAUGACGAAAGAGUUGUGUCAAAACAAGAAACAGAUUUUCUGUUAAGGAUUAGUAAUGACAUAUUCCUCAUUCCUUUGUGCCUACCAAGAUUUUUCUUCCAAGCUUUACAAUCUACUAGCAUCAAAUUAGCAAUUUCUCCUCAGCCAAAAAAUUCAGAACCAAUCCUUAUUCAAAGCAGUUCACAGCUUUCAGUAAAAGUUGAAGGAGUGGUGCAACAUGGCUCAAGACCUGGCCUGUUCAGAAAAGUGGACAAAAUACUUGUCACAGUUAGUAGUCAACAAAGCAGAACACCUCAACAAGAAAAUAAACCAUUUGCAGAAAGUGCGCCUACCAGUCCAAGUAUGACUCUAUCACAGUCUGCUACCCCACAUUACGAUUACUUUCAAACUCAGUUUUUACUAGGCUUUUCUGUAGCAGGGCUUCAUUCUGUCACCAUUGAAGCAGCAGUUAUUGAUGAUAAGGAAUCUCUAUGGAAAACUGGCCCUAAGAUGACUCUUCUCGUGAAAUCGCAUGACGAUGGGAACAACAACCAGUCCAGGAUGGUUGCUCCAAAAGAGAGAGCUCAUGUUCCAAGCAUAAAUCUUGUAUAAAAAAUUAUUCUUCAUCAUUUAACUUUGUAAGCAUUGUAUAAUAAACAAACCAU